AUGAAAAUGCGAAUACUCGAAGGAAUUAUUGGCAUUUUAGAGCAAUUACAAAAGGAUCAAUCCACCACAACAAAUAAAAUCGAAAAACUUCAAGCAGAUUUAAAUCGGAUUCAAAAAGAAAAUGUUGAGAAAGAAAUACAAACUCUUCACUCUCAACUCAAAGAGAGAGAAGAAAACGAUUUACCAAAAGAAUUUCUUUCGAAAAUUUCUGAACUUAAAAAUUCUGAAGAUUUUGAUCAAAUCUACAAAUUCUUUGAAGAAAUUUCAGAAAAAGGAAAUCAAACAAUGAUGAAAAAAGCAUGCGAAGCAGAACUUUGGAAGAAACAAAAUGAUAGAGAUUAUCGUGGUCCAAAUGUACUUCAUCAUGCAUCUUCAAAAGGAAAUCUGAAACUUGUUAAAUCUCUCAUUGAAUGUGGUUGUGAUAAAGACAUCAAAAGCAAAUAUAUUGGUACAGCUCUAUGCUGGGCAUCAUGUUAUGGUCAUCUUGAAGUUGUUAAAUAUCUUAUCUCAGUUGGAGCUAAUAAAGAAGCAAAGGAUAAUUAUGGAGAAACUCCACUCUUUUGUGCAUCAGAAAAAGGUCAUCUUGAAAUUGUUAAAUAUCUUAUCUCAGUUGGGGCUGAUCAAGAAACAAAGGAUAAUUAUGGACGAACUCCACUCAUUAUUGCAUCAGAUAAAGGUCAUCUUGAAAUUGUUAAAUGUCUUAUCUCUGUUGGAGCUAAUAAAGAAGCAAAGAAUAAUAAUGGAGAAACAGCGCUUAUUACGGCAUCAAAAUGUAAUCAUCUUGAAGUUGUUAAAUAUCUUAUCUCUGUUGGAGCUAAUAAAGAAGCAAAGAAUGAUAAAGGAGAAACAGCGCUUAUUACGGCAUCAAAAUGUAAUCAUCUUGAAAUUGUUAAAUAUCUUAUCUCUGUUGGAGCUAAUAAAGAAGCAAAGAAUGAUAAAGGAAAAACAGCACUUGAUUGUUCGUAUCUAGCAGUGAAGCAAUAUUUAUUAUCAAUUGUGUGA